AUUAAUUUUAGAUUUGGAGCUAGAAAAUAGCCGUUGAAAGUAACCGUUAAAAUAGAAAUUCUUAAGCAUAUUUGAACCUUUUUCCAAACUAUCUUCCCCUGCCUUCUUCAGUGAACCUCUCGGCAUUCCUCCUCAACCCUGGCUUGACAUCCAAAAUCUAAAUCAGCUGCCUCCGAUAGAAAAUAUUUGUGAAUAGAAUAUUACAGCAUUUGAUCGUAUUGUUGGAGGCAUGUCAGAGCCAAAGUUUAGAGAGAUUUAGGAUCCAAACUAAUGCAUUUGGCCAGUAAGCAAUACCUCGAUGAGCCGCGAAAAGACAAGUAACCAGGUUGCUAGGGCACCAGGAGAAACUAAACAGAAUGCCUCUGAAGCUCGGGCAGAAAGCGAGGUUGUGGAGAUCAAGGAUGCAUGUAUCGAGAAAACAGAGGGUUUAGGAACUGUUGAGGUUCGAUCCCGGGCGGGUGAGAGGCUUCGAGAAGCGGGUUUUAUGAGUGCUCGCGCUUUGCUUGUGAAUGAGAGUGUUCUGAGUCCAGGUUUCAGAUCUGUUGCUGCAUUGGCCGGUUGGGAUGACGAGGCACUUUUGUUGGCCAGCUCUGAUGAGUCUCUGAUCGUUGAGGACUCUCCUGUCAGAGAAGCAAGGGAAAGAAAGAGGGCUACCAGAACCCCUGCUUUGGCUAAACCCCCGGCAAGUGCUCGAAGAAGUUCUGAUGAGGCAGGAGAUUUGGAAUCUUCGGUCGUUGAGGACUCUCCUGUCAGAGAAACCAGGGACAGAAAGAGGAGCGCCAGAACCCCUGCUUUGGCUAAAACCCCAGCAAGUGCUCGGAGAAGGAACCGAAGGGCCAGGACGCAAAAUAUUGAUCCAAUUGACUUGGCUCGAGUUGGUGCUCUGAGCCUUGAGGAUGAUCCAGUUGUUGAAAGGAAAGAAAAUAUUGCACAGCCUGCCCAAGGAAAUGUAUUGCAAGAUAAGACUUCUGUGAUUGUUCCAGAACAAAAUCUGCCACCUGAUUGGAAGAAAACAAAUCCUGGAUUUCCAAGAGCUAAGCCUAGUUCAGACAGAAGUAAGAAAGGAUCUUCAAAAUCUGCCGAACCUAGUCCAACUAAAAGUGAGAAAGGAGGAUCUUCAAAAUCUGCCGAAUCUAGUCCAACUAAAAGUGAGAAAGGAUCUUUAAAAUCUGCCGAACCUAGUCCACCUAAAAGUGGGAAGGGAUCUUCUGGACCAGCAUGCUUGGAGCAAUUGAGAGAAGAGCUUUCUUGUGCGGUUUGUCUUGACAUAUGUUUUGAGCCCUCAACCACAUCUUGUGGUCACAGUUUCUGUAAAAUGUGCUUGGAAAAUGUCAUGGAGAAGUGUGGUCUGCGUUGCCCCAAAUGCCGCCAGACAUUGAAGGGAAAUUUUAAAGCUUGCCCAAUCAACACUGUACUUUGGAACACAGUUCAACUUCUCUUUCCAAAAGAAGUUGCAGAAAGGAUCAAGACAAACAAAGAAAGAGAUGAAGCUUUGAAGCUUGAAAGGGUGAAUGAAAAACGAAACUCAAGUUACAUCAAUCAAGCUAACAGGGGAAGUAUAAGGAACAAUGAAAGCACUCGGCAAGGCCCAGUUCGGGGAAUUGGACUAAGAAGGCCUGAAUAUGCAACAACAGUUAACAACUUCAGGAUAGCCUUCCAAUCUGCAGCAAUGACUGAUCAAGAAGAGGUUAUUAUUGAAAAUGUUGGGAGGAAUGAAAGGGUUGGACGCAGCAACAGAAGUAAUAGCAGUCAGGAGGAACUGGAUGCAGCAUUGGCUUCAAGGCUGCAACGGGAAGAGCUGAUGAGAACUUUCAGAGGUGAUAGAAGAACAAGAAACGGAGGAGAUCAGUUAACGUCUGUCUCUUCAGCUGCAGCAAAUUUAAGAGCAAUGGCUUCCCGAGCCAUUCGUUUGAGAGCAAGAAAUCAGUAAGUAGGAUUUGUAUUGAAAAUGAUCAUGAUGUUUUGGAGAGAUCCACUAUACUGGUUUACUGUUAAAACAAUCAUGGAUUACCGAUGGUAAAUCCUUGUAUUUUUUAAAUUAGUUAAUAUUGUAAAAUUAUAAAACAUUAUUUGGUUGGCCAAAAUGAACUUUGACAGCCACUUGAUGAUGAUUCCAUUUUUCAAUGUUAUUAAGGUAUGCUUUAGAUGUGGAUUC